AUGGCUCAAUUCGAUCAGGCAAAGUCUUAUGCUUCACAGGAGGAAACAUUUUUCGAUGAUGGACGUGAAGAAGAACUUGUUGAGUUUGUACGAAACCACCCCGAUCGAUCCAGGAUUCAAGGCUCGCCGGCGAAGGUGCUUCAAGCCAUCGAUGAAUAUGGACGAACGAAGAGAUAUCUCAUGAACGUUGGUGAGGAUAAAGGAGCAAUUGUUACCAAUAUAAUCAAAGAGAACAACCCUCAAGUAAUGGUCGAGCUUGGAGGGUAUUGUGGAUAUUCCACGAUACUUUUCGGGUCUGCAGUACGAGCUGCCGGAGGAAAGAAGUAUUAUUCGUUAGAAAGGAGUCCAAAAUUCGCGAAAGUUAUUACUACGCUCGUGGAAUUUGCUGGUCUUGAUGGAUUUGUUGAAGUUAUCGUCGGACCUAGUAAUGAGGGAAUCCAAAUUUUACACUCGAAAGGGUUGAAGUCCAUUGAUAUGAUGUUCCUAGAUCAUUAUAAACCAGCAUACACGACCGAUCUAAAGUUGUGUGAACAAUUGGGUCUCAUCAACAAAGGAACCGUUCUCGCUGCCGAUAAUGUUAUCAGCCCAGGAAAUCCUCCUUACUUAGAGUAUGUUCGAAGUAGUGUCGAGGAGAAAUUGCAGAAGCUGAAGCUGGAAGGAAAGUUGGACACUGAUAAUUUCGCGAAACGAUCUGCGACUCAGUAUGGGGAUGUAGAAGCCUUGAAUACCGAACUCAAAGGCAAUCCCAGCAUCAUAUAUGAGAGCCAAUUGAUUAACAGUUUUGAACCCACAGGAGAACCAGACGGAGUAGAAAUAACUCGGUGUAUGGGGGAUAUUGAAGGAAGUCGGUCUGGCACCUAG